AAUAGUUCUAGUUAUGAUUCUGCUACAAAAGAUAAGAGCGAAAAUAUGUCAAUCUCAUCUGAAUUAAUUCCAAAUGAGCCUUCUUAUAUGAAAGUGGAUCCUCUUUUAAUUGAUAAUAUGCUGAUGGAAGACGAAGUAUCUCAAAAUACAUUUAAUGAAA